AUGUGAUUGUCAUAACGUUUGCAGGCUUUUCACAGUUUGUGGUCUUACGUUCGCGCAGUCUAGCUGUUAAGUGUAAUUUAAAGCUUUUUUUUCUGUGUUAACACCUUUUAUAGACACUAAUGGAGGACCUGCAGAUGCAACAAUAAUCAAAAACACCUCGGAUUUUAAUGGUGAGACGACGUGACGCACGAGCUGUACUUCCCUGUCCGCACAGACAAUGUGCAGAGGACCUCUGUGUUGCUGUCACUAUGGCCUGGUCUAUGGGACACAGCCAGGAAAAAAGACUCCCAGGAGAUACCGAUGAUGAUGAAGAUGAGCUAUUUUUUGUUGGAGUGUCAAAUGUCUCGAAACAAACCUCCCCUCUAACCUUUAGAGCUCAACCCUGGUCCAAACCUGAAGAAGAAAGAAAGCCUGUCAGAAUUCGUCCACCCAGCCCCAGUGCUCCACAGCCGAGAUCUACAGGCCGCAGCCUCUCCUGCGAACCCCCACCAAAGCCCAUCAUUCACAGACGGGCACAGUCGUUACCAUCCCCUUCAGAACAGAGGAGGUUCACCCGCAGGACUGGGGUCCGAUUUGUGGACUCCUUAGGAAUGGACCUGGAAAAUGUGAAAGUUUUCAAAAGUGGAGAGGACCCGUUUGUGCCAGAGCAUGUCCUCUUCAGACUUUUAAUGAAUGCAGAGUUGGCAGCUAGCAAAGGCUUGGAGAUAUCUCUCCCCUACUUAAAACCUGUGUUCUCAGAACAACCAGGCGACAGUGCAAACUUUCUGGAACGCCUGUUUCGCCAGAAAGUGUGCCUGGAGCGUGUGUUGUGCUACGAGCCUGGCAUUAUUGGCAUCGUCCAGGUUUUAAACCUGGCCUUUGAAAAGGAGGUUUAUGUUCGCUAUUCUUUUACAAACUGGAAAAGCUGCUCAGAAACCAAGGCUAAUUGGGUUGGAAAUAAAUACAUGGAAGGCCUCAGUGAUGGAUGCAGCUGCGACAGUUUCAGGUUCCAUCUUCCAGUUCCUCCAUUCCUUCUUCAUCCUGGUGCAGUUCUGGAGUUCGCAGUCCGUUACAAAGUGCUGGAUGCUCAGUUUUGGGACAACAAUGAUGGACAGAAUUAUAAGUUAGUCUGCCAGAGCUAUAAUCUUCCCGUUCCAAAGGAAAUCGAAGACAGUAUGAUACACUUCAUCUGAAUCUUCGGAAUCCUUGUAUAUAUGCAAUACAUUUGUUUCAAGCCACUUUCCUUAGCACUGGAUAACAGUUUCAAAAGUGGCAGGACCUAAAUGAUGAGUUGGGUGUAGCUGAAGAGGGGGAUUCACAUGAUUUUACAAAAUAAUAAUUUAAUCGUUGAGACUCAAAAUCUACUAAACACCUAAGAACCUUUUUUACCAUUGUGGUGGUUAAAAUCAGGGGACACAAUGUCUACAAUGCAAUCAUAGCUAUGCUAUGUACUUUUAAAAAUUGACCAGUCAACCUACAUGUGUCUUCUGGGUUUUGUUGAUGGUAGUAAAAUAGUGGCAAACCUAAUUUUUAUUUGUGGAUAACCUCACUUUGAAUCACAUGUACUUCUCUGCCUUGCACAUAAUUCAAAAAUGUAAUUUAGGCAAAAACCUUAAAAUAAUUGUAAAAUAAGACUUAUAUAAAUUAAAUGAUUUAUAAAAUAUUUCGGAUAAAAUAUGAUGUGAUGUAGCUUCUAGAGGCAUUAAAUAUUUUGGGCUGGUCCAGUUCUGACUAAGUUUGUCUAGAAUUAAACGUUUCAAAACAAACCACUUUGAAUGACUACUAAAUGUGUGCAUUGUAAUAAUUUUAUAAUGUAAACAUAUUGAAAAAAAAAACAGGGCUAAUGUCUAUAUAGAAUUUUUUUACGCAUUUAUUCAGAAUAUUCACUUACACACCAGCGUGAGUAGAGGUAGGGUGACUAGUAUAAGUCCGUCUACUUCUACAUUCUUAACACAGCAACAGUAAAUCAAACCACUAAGGAGUGCCACCACACACAAAGCCAACUGUUUUUUUUAUAUACAGCUCUGGAAAAAAUAAGAGACCACUUCAGUUUCUGAAUCAGUUUCUUUGAUUUUGCUAUUUAUAGGUAUAUAUUUAAGUAAAAUUAACAUUGUUGUUUAUUCUAUAAACUACAGACAACAUUUCUCCCAAAUUUCCAAAUAAAAUAUUGUCAUCAGGCAAGAAAAUGUUAAAUGGCUGAAAUAACAAAAAAGAGCUUUCAGACCUCCAAUAAUGCCAAAAAAAAAACAAGUUCAUAUUCAUAAAGUUUUCAGAGUUCAGAAAUCAAUCUUUGGUGAAAUAACCCUGUUUUUUUAAUCACAGUUUCAUGCAUCUUGGCAUGUUCUCCUCCACCAGUCUUGCACACUACUUUUGGAUAACUGUAUGCCACUCCUGGUGCAAAUCAUCAUCCAUCUUUCUCUUGAUUAUAUUCCAGAGGUUUUCAAUUUGGCAAAUUAAGAAAAAAAAAAAAAAAUUAAGUCUCUUUUUUUCCAGAGCUGUAUAUCUAUAGAGUAGAACACUGAUUGGUAGUCUCACCUCUUGAAUGUGAAGGUAUUUAAGUGAGUGGAUAUUAAUCUCUGCUUAUAAAAAUAGUAUAACCUAUAAAAGCCUGCAGUAUUAAACACUAUUAAACUUUAAUCCUAAGGGUUGCACAAAAAUGCAAUAAAAAUGUUCACUGAUGAAAACCUUUAAUUAUUUGCCAAAUGUGAAUAAAUGAAGUGCCUGUAAAAGCCUUACCUUGGUUCUAAUUCCAAUAAAAUUUCAACUCCCUGCUUUCUAAGAA